GAUGUAAAAAAAUCUUCUUUUUUAACAAACUCUCAAAGACAUAAAAAAAGAGAUGUGGGAUAACAUUGAUGAUGUUGGUUGGGAUAAAUGUAGAAAAAAUUGGGCGGAACUAGACGAUAACACAGGAAACAUAUGUAGGAUCAUAGAAGAACAUAAAACAGCCACAAAUGAUAUUGUGAUUCUUUUAGAAGAAGGUUUAAAAAAGUUUGAAAAUAUGGAAGCUUUAUCAGCUUUAUCCUUUUACAAAAAUUUUAUCUCCGAUUUUUUUGUAGAAGUUGAAGCAAGAUUAGGUGCCAACGUAUGGGCUAAAGUGAGAGCUGCUAUUAAUAGAAAACUCAGAAACAGAAAAGUAGAUUUUAAACGAGAUGAAGAAGAAUAUAUUUCAAAGUUGCGAAAUUUUUUACAAGAAAUUAAUAUGACUGUUGAAGACAUCGAGUUGUUGAUGAUUUUGAAGAAAAAGAAUAACGCCGAGUUUCAUAAAAGAGAACGACUAGAACCGAAAGAAUUAAAAGAAAAAUUUGAAACGUUAUUUCCGGAGGAUCUGAAAGACUUCAAAGAUUCCAUGAGAAAGGUUUUUGAUGCUUUAGAUAAUUGGGAUCGAAAUUAAGAUGAGAUAAAGUAGAUAUUAAUAAACAUUCAAAUCAUACCCUU